UUCACCCAGUUCCCCAGGUACGACAACAUGGCGGAGCUGUUUGCGGUGGUGAAGACGCUGCAGGCUCUGGAGAAGGCGUACAUCAAAGACUGCGUCACCCCCAACGAGUACACGGCGGCGUGCUCGCGGCUCCUGGUGCAGUUCAAGGCGGCGCUGAAGCAGGUGCAGGGCGGCGACAUCGGCACCAUCGACGACUUCUGCCGCAAAUUCCGGCUGGAUUGUCUGGCCAUGGAGCGGAUCCGCGAGGAUCGACCCAUCACCAUCAAGGACGACAAAGGGAACCUGAACCGAUGCAUCGCCGACAUCGUCUCCCUUUUCAUCACGGUCAUGGACAAACUGCGCCUGGAGAUCCGCGCCAUGGACGAGAUUCAGCCGGACCUGCGGGAGCUGAUGGAGACGAUGACCCGAUGAGCUCCCUGCCCCCCACUUCGAGGACGCCACAAAGUCAAUCAGUGGCUGCAGACGCUGAGCGCGAUGUCGGCGUCGGACGAGCUGGACGAUUCCCAGGUGCGCCAGAUGCUCUUCGACCUCGAGUCCGCCUACAACGCCUUCAACCGCUUCCUGCACUCCUGAGAGCGCCAAAAUCCGGCAAAAAACUGCAAAAACCAGUAAAAACCAGUAAAAACCAGUAAAAACCGGUUCAGACUGGAGCCAGCAGAAAUUUGGGAUAAUAAAUGGGAGGAGAAAAAUCCCAAAAACCCGUGAAAAAUUCCUUUAUUUUCUUGUAGGUAUUGGAUCAAACUGGGGGCCAUUCCCAGUCCAAACCAGUCCAAACCAGUUUAAACCAACUCAGACCAGUUCAAACUGGAGCCAGCAGAAGUUUGGAAUAAUAAAUGGGAGGAGAAAAAUCUCAAAAA